AUGCAAAUGAAGUCACCAUUAUCUCCCUCUUCCUCCCUUCUGAAAAACAAACCUCGACUCUCUCCCUACCUCUUCACACUCCUAGCUUUCAUCCUCUUUGUCACAAUCCUCUAUGGCGAGGACUUCAUGUGCAUCUUCAACCAACAGCUCCAAAACUACAACUACCCUGACACACUUUCCUCCUCCCAAACCGAGAGGUUGAAGCGGCAGAAGCUGCCGUUUGCGGUGGGGAAAGCGGCGGAAGGGUGUGACGUGUUCAGUGGGAGGUGGGUUCGGGACGAGUUGACUCGGCCUCUGUACGAGGAAUCGGACUGUCCGUACAUACAGCCGCAAUUGACUUGUCAAGAACACGGGCGACCCGAUAAGGAGUAUCAGAAAUGGAGGUGGCAACCACACGCUUGUGAUCUUCCCAAAUUCAAUGCCAGCUUGAUGCUUGAAACACUUCGUGGGAAAAGGAUGAUGUUUGUUGGAGACUCUCUCAACCGUGGCCAAUAUGUCUCUUUGGUAUGCCUUCUCCAUCAACUGAUUCCUGAAGAUGCCAAAUCCAUGGAAACCUUUGAUUCACUCACUGUAUUCACAGCCAAGGAAUACAAUGCCACGAUUGAGUUCUACUGGGCACCUUUUCUUCUUGAAUCAAACUCGGACAAUGCUGUCAUUCAUAGGGUAUCUGAUAGGAUAGUUAGAAAAGGUUCAAUCAAUAAGCAUGGCCGGAAUUGGAAAGGUGUUGACAUUUUGGUAUUCAACACCUAUCUUUGGUGGAUGACUGGCUUGAAGAUGAAGAUCUUACUUGGAUCUUUUGAUGAUGAAGUUAAAGACAUUGUGGAGCUCACUACAGAGGAUGCUUAUCGUAUGGCUAUGAAAAGUAUGCUUAGAUGGGUGAGGCUGAACAUGGAUCCAAAGAAAACUAGAGUCUUCUUCACAAGCAUGUCACCUUCUCAUGGAAAGAGCAUAGACUGGGGAGGUGAACCAGGAGGAAACUGCUACAACGAAACAACUCUGAUUGAUGAUCCUGCAUACUGGGGCUCUGACUGUAGGAAGAGUGUAAUGCAAGUGAUUGGACAAGUGUUCAGCAAAUCCAAAGUGCCCAUUACAUUUCUCAAUAUAACCCAGCUUUCCAAUUACCGCAGAGAUGCACACACUUCAAUCUACAAGAAGCAAUGGAACCCAUUGACUCAAGAGCAAUUAGCUAAUCCUGUUAGCUACGCUGAUUGUGUGCAUUGGUGUUUGCCUGGCCUUCAAGACACUUGGAAUGAGCUUCUUUUUGCCAAGUUAUUUUAUCCUUAA